UAAAUUUAUCUGUUUCCGGUUUUGAUCGAAUAUGUCGGAUUAUGAUGCAGUGCAGAAGGGUUCCCUGAAACUAAAAGGUGUGUCUGAUCAUACAAUAAAAAAGAAGAAAAAGAAGAAGAGCAAAGAUAGAGAAACAAAGAAAGUAUUUGAGCAGAUUUCAUCACAUUCAAAAAAUGCAGAUGAUGAAGAUAAACCGCACCAUGAAGUGCGAGAUAUUAGAACCAAGGCUGAGAUAGCUGCUGAUAAAGCCAGAGAGAAGAGGAAAGCAGCAGAGAUUAUUGAAAAGGCCAGCAAGACUCACAAGGAAAGAAUAAUGGAAUUUAAUGGACAGCUGGACAACCUAACAGAACAUUUUGAUAUUCCCAAAGUCAGCUGGACAAAAUGAAGACUGCCUUAUCGUCACCAUGUCAUAGUAGUUACAACAAAAAUUCCACAGUGUUUUGGAUUCUUUGAAGACAUACAAUUUUGAGAAUGCACAUAAAUUUUAUCAGCAAAGCUGGACUGGAAAUGAGCAUGUGAAAGAAUUGUUUCUCUAGGUGUGAUUUAUGUAAGGUGUCCUAAAUGUGUUAAAGCAUCAAAAAACAAAAACAAAAAACAACAACAUACAAUUCAAGGCAAACUGUGAGCAUUUUGUUGUGUGAAAAGUACAUUUCUGGAGCAUGUGUAUAUAUACAUGUAUAUGUGAUUUUAAUUGACUAAUUUUAUCUAGACUGAGCUUUUUCACAUAUAUUGUUUACAUUUUUCCUCUCAAGAGAAGGUAUUGAAUGUUUGUAAUUUAAAUAAAGAACAUUAAAGGUA